AUGAGUCCCUCGCUGCAAUUGGACACUCACUCUCGAAAGGAUGAGAAACUUCCCUCAUGCUCCUCCAAGACUCUUGUCGCUGCGCCGCCCGUGGAAUCACCCAAAUCUCCCGAAGACUAUGACCCUUGUGUCAAUGCAAAGCCAUACUCCCCCUUUUAUCGACAUGCAACAGCCUCGUUCGCCUUGGAACAGGCGAAAUCUCAAUCGAAGAAACCGAACUGCAAUCUGGAUGGAAUGCACGACUUGGAAAGUGCGCCGUCGCCAUCACCUUACAAGCAAUCUGUGGACGUACAGAGCUCUCGCACCUCGAACCUGUGGACAAAGAAGCGGAGACGUUGCAAUUGGAUGCAGUCCUUGACGAAGAAGCAGAAGCUGGCAGUCAAGGCCAUCAUCGCGAUUGUCACGCUGGGAAGCAUGGUGGCUAUUGCCUUGGGAAUUACCAUUGCUGUGGGCGGCGGAGUGUGGAAAUCCGAUCACCAACAAGGGGCCAUCCAUGUAUAA